AUGUCAAAGAACGCUAUUGGUAUCGAUCUUGGAACCACGUACUCUUGCGUGGGUGUGUUCAUGCAUGGCAAAGUAGAAAUCAUUGCUAAUGAUCAAGGUAAUCGAACAACACCAUCGUAUGUGGCGUUUACCGAUACUGAACGCCUUAUUGGCGAUGCAGCCAAAAAUCAAGUUGCAAUGAAUCCGCAUAAUACUGUUUUCGAUGCUAAACGAUUGAUCGGUCGUAAGUUCGAUGAUGCAACAAUACAGUCAGAUAUGAAACAUUGGCCAUUCAAAGUAAUAAAUGUCGAUGAUGGCAAACCAAAAGUACAGGUUGAAUACAAGGGCGAAGUGAAAACUUUCACGCCAGAAGAAAUUUCUUCGAUGGUUUUGCUUAAAAUGAAGGAGACGGCUGAGGCAUUUCUCGGUCAUCCAGUCAAGGAUGCUGUUAUCACAGUCCCCGCAUACUUUAACGACUCACAGCGGCAAGCGACGAAAGAUUCUGGUGCAAUUUCCGGGCUAAACGUCCUGCGUAUCAUCAACGAACCAACAGCGGCUGCUAUUGCUUACGGUUUGGACAAGAAGGGUCAUGGUGAACGCAACGUUCUCAUCUUUGAUCUUGGUGGUGGUACUUUUGAUGUGUCAAUCCUGACCAUUGAGGACGGUAUCUUCGAGGUCAAGUCUACUGCUGGCGACACUCAUCUUGGAGGCGAGGAUUUCGAUAACCGCAUGGUGAACCAUUUCGUUGCGGAAUUCAAGCGUAAGCACAAAAAAGAUCUUGCAACCAAUUCACGUGCUCUUCGUCGUUUACGUACUGCAUGCGAAAGGGCGAAACGAACGCUUUCUAGUUCAUCUCAAGCGAGUAUCGAGAUUGAUUCGUUGUUCGAAGGAAUUGAUUUCUAUACCAAUAUUACCCGUGCUCGCUUUGAAGAACUGUGUGCUGAUCUUUUCCGUUCAACUAUGGAACCGGUUGAGAAAGCAUUGCGUGACGCUAAGAUGGACAAAGCUCAAGUUCAUGACAUUGUGCUAGUAGGCGGAUCAACCCGUAUCCCAAAAGUACAGAAGCUCCUGUCAGAUUUCUUUUCUGGUAAAGAGCUGAAUAAAAGCAUCAACCCAGAUGAGGCCGUGGCGUAUGGUGCAGCAGUACAAGGAGCUAUUCUUUCUGGUGAUAAGUCAGAAAACGUACAAGACUUGUUGCUACUCGAUGUUGCACCGCUUUCACUUGGUAUUGAAACAGCUGGAGGUGUUAUGACUGCUCUUAUCAAACGGAACACUACCAUCCCCACCAAAACAUCCCAAACUUUCACAACUUACUCUGAUAACCAGCCUGGCGUCCUCAUUCAGGUUUACGAAGGUGAACGCGCUAUGACCAAAGACAAUAAUUUGCUUGGUAAAUUCGAGCUAUCUGGCAUUCCACCUGCUCCUCGCGGUGUUCCGCAAAUUGAAGUCACCUUUGAUAUUGACGCGAACGGUAUUCUGAAUGUUUCCGCCCAGGACAAGUCUACAGGCAAACAAAACAAGAUUACAAUUACCAAUGAUAAGGGACGUUUGUCAAAGGAUGAAAUCGAGCGGAUGGUGCAGGAAGCAGAAAAAUAUAAGGCAGAUGAUGAUAUUCAAAAAGAUCGUGUUGCAGCGAAAAAUGCUCUGGAGUCCUAUGCAUUCAAUAUGAAGCAGACAAUCGAGGACGAGAAGAUGAAAGACAAGAUUUCGGAAGAGGACAAAAAGAAGAUUCAACAGAAAUGCGAAGAAACGGUUAGGUGGUUGGAUGGCAACCAAUCAGCUGAAAAAGAUGAAUUUGAACAUCGUCAGAAAGAAUUGGAAGCUGUCUGUAAUCCGAUCAUUACGAAACUGUACCAGAGCGCUGGUGGUAUGCCUGGAGGAAUGCCUGGUGGUAUGCCGGGUGGAGCUCCAGGUGGCGGUUCGACAGGAGGUGGGCCAACAAUUGAAGAAGUUGAUUAG